AACAUAGUUACUUGUGACUACAAUAUUUUUUUGUUGUAUUCCUAGAGGUAGAUUCAUUAGAGAUGGAUUUUUAAUCAUUUCAACUUGGGCAUAAAAGCAAUCUAUGUCAACAUGGAUUAUAGUGCUACAAAUGGGUUGUGCUGUUUAUGGUUGUAAUAAUAGCUACCAUAAAAAGAAAAGGAGUGGUGAAGACCUUGUAUUUCACCGAUUCCCAAAGGGUAUAGGCAUGGAAACAGUCAGAAAGGUUUGGAUUACCUGUUGCAACAGAGAUAAGAUAUACAACAUUAAUAGCAGCUAUAUUUGUUCUGUGCACUUUACUGAAGAUGAUUAUGAGAGAGACUUGAAGAAUGAGUUACUGGGUUUACCAGUAAGAAAAAUUUUGAAAAAAACUGCUGUUCCUACUUGUUACUCUCCUAAACCACUAGGUUUAAAAAUUUGUACUUAUGAAAACAAAAGAGGGAAUAAUGAACUAGAUUUGUGCAAAUCUGACAUCAAUAUGGAAAUGAAUAUUAAUGUUAUCGAAAAGUCAAGGUACAUUGGAGACCCAUGAGAACGUCAAGUGCAAACUGAUGACUAUGAAUUAAAAUAUCGAAAACUUUUAAAUAAGUAUCGUGACAUAAAAAGCAAUGUCCAAAUUAAGAAGAUAAAGGAAUUAAACAAUCAAUUGGGUUAUUUUAAAAAAGGUAAGUCUCAAAAAGUUUUUACUUUAUUAAGAACUCAGCGUCAAAAUAAAGAGACAAAAAAAGGUAUUACAAAACGUGUGUGUAAAUGUAAGUAAUGUAAUUUGUAGUAUUAUAAAAUUAUAAAAUAAAAGUUGGAAU